UUCGAUCAACGAUCUAUGUAUUUUGCUUUUAAUAAGCGGAAUAUCGUUUAGCUUAUUAUGUUACUUUCUGCGGUUUGUCGAUUGAUAAAGUCGUACAGAACUGGGCUGAUAUUAUUCGUAUCGGAUAAUCCGCCGGAGUUUAUUUAUAAUUUCAUGUUAUAAGCGAUUCUCUCUUUAUCUCUCUACUCGUAUAUUAUGAGCAUUAUGUUUGCAUAUAUUGACCCCGCGAGCGCAGCAGCAACGACGACGACGACGACGACGCGAUGAUCCAUAGAAAUAUAAUACACGGCAGUAAGUGACCAAGAUAAAAAAAAAAAGAGCAGAACAGCUGCAACUGCGGCAGCGACUCACAGCACAGCUCAAAAGUGGGAAGAGUUUCGCGCGCGCGCGCGGGCGAUCGCGAGUCUCGACUCGAACGCCGAUCAGUAGUAGUGCAUCGAGCGAUCGCGCGCGAGAACGAAGAAAAUCGUUUUUUGGAGAUCGACUCGGCUGCAAAAAGAGGAGCAGCAGCAGCGGCACACGCGCGGAUCGGAUCGUCGUCGACAACAGCACGUUGGUAUUGAACGAAAAAAAAAUCGUAAAAAAUGAGCGAGAGACCCGUGGAAAUGCUGAAGGAAGAUCUGGAGAACGGGCCGAAGCUGGUGAUCGGCGAGACCGAGCUGACGUUCGAUUUCGACGAUCUCGACGAUUAUCAUCGGGACAAGGCGGAGAAAGAGCUGCGAGAGACACCCGAGGUGGUCGACGAAUCGAUCUCGGAGCUUCGUGCCAUGCUCGAUGAGGAGGAAGACUUCUAUCUGCCGGUGGACGACGAGUUCCUGAAGCGAUUUUUACGCCCGUGCAAGUGGUACCCGAAGAGCGCCUUCAAGCUCAUCAAGCGCUUCUAUCGCUAUCGUCAGAACCACCCGGAAUUCUACGCCAACCUCUUGCCCAGCAACGAGCGCGAGCUCCUUUUGUCGGGCUGUCUUACCCCGGUGCCCCGUCGCAGUCAGGACGGCGUGCGUAUGCUCGUGAUCGAGGCGGGCCGCAAAUGGCAUCCCAAGGAGGUCUCGCUCAAUCAGAUAUUUCGCGGCACCAUCUGCAAUCUCGAGGUGGCGGUGUGCGAGCCCAAGACCCAGGUGUCGGGGGUCAGGGUGAUCAUCGACAUGGACGGGCUGUCGCUGGGCCAUGUCACCUACUUCACGCCCAGCUUCGCCUCGGCCAUCAUCGAGUUCGUCUCGCGAGCUCUGCCUUGCAGACUCAAGGGCGUCCACAUCGUCAAUCAGUCCUGGGUGUUCGACAUGGUGUUCGCCUUCUUCAAGCCGUUCCUGCACGGAAAGCUCAAGGACCGGAUAUUCUUUCACAACGGCGAAAGGUCGAAGAUCACGGAUUACAUCGACGCCAAGGCGCUGCCGAAGAAGUACGGAGGUGAACUGGAGUUCCCGACCAAUUCCCUCGGCGACGAUUACAUACGGUUCUCGCAUAAUUUCGACAACUACUUCACAGAAACCAACAAAUACGGUUACUUGGAGGAGUAAGCGCGAUACACAGACGACAAAGCUCUACGCUCGUGAUUUUUUUGUUGUUGUUGUGACCCAAGUUAUAUGCCUGUAAAUAGUUGAUAGUUCUUCGGAGAAUAAUUAUGAAGCGAAAAAUCCAUUGGGAUUUCGUUUGGAUUCUAGGUAGACAGAGAGAGAGAGAACACAUCCUCGGAAGUCAAAGUCAUCGUUAUGCAACUAUACACGCGCGUGUGUAUACGAUAUUUAAAUGUUUCGGUGUACGACGACUUUUAAUUUUAUUAUAUACUGUUACUUUUUUUUAAAAACGUAAUAAUUUGUACAAAACUUAGGUUGGUUAAUAAGAUAUGUAUAUUAAAUAAACACAAUUUGCUGAAUUAUUUACGAA